UUUGAGCACUCAAUUUAAACAAUCUCUAUGGCCUCAUCCCAUCCAGAGUCUUCAAUAUGUCCACAAUACAAACACUCUCACUUACUCUUAAUCACCUCUCGGGUAGUCUCCCUGCAAACAUCGGACUUGGGGUUCCAAACUUGCAAGGCUUUUUUGUAUCAAUGAAUGAACUUAGCGGACUAAUCCCCAACUUCAUAUCUAAUGCUUCCAAGAUCACAAAGCUAGGCAUGGCCGUUAACUCAUUUUCAGGGUUUAUACCUAGCACAGUUUGUGCCUUAGAAAACCUUCAGUCGCUUAACUUACAUGAAAACCAUUUGACCAUCGAUACUUCUAGUGCAGAAGUAAACUUUCUCUCUUGUUUGGAUACUCUUAGAGAUCUGAGGAGAUUACAGUUGUCCAACAAUCCAUUAAACACCAGCCUUCCCGCUUCCAAUAGGAAUCUCACUAGACUAGAAUAUAUGGAUUUAAGCAAUUGCAAUAUGAGGGGUAGCAUUCCCAGUGAUAUUGGUAAUAUGAGCAGCUUGAUAGCCUUAUACCUGAGAUACAAUCAAUUAAGUGGACCAAUUCAAACUACAAUGGGAAGCCUAAAGAAUCUCCAACGGUUGUACUUGAAUGAUAACCAACUGCAAGGAUACAUCCCCAAUGAACUCUGUCAACUAGAAAACCUAGUCGAUUUACAAUUGGGUGGUAAUCAACUCUCUGGUUCUAUACCUUCCUGUUUAGGAGAUCUAGCCACAGCACUAAGAACUCUAUCAUUGAACUCCAAUUUGUUAAAUUCCACUAUACCAUCUACCUUGUGGAGACUCCAAUAUAUCCUCCAUGUAAAUUUAUCAUCCAAUACUCUAAUUGGCCAUCUCUCCGAAGAUAUUGGUAAUUUGAAAGUUGUGACAGAUAUGGAUUUAUCAAGCAACCAUUUAUCUGGGAUUGCACCAGGAAGCAUUGGGGGCCUUCAAGAUUUGGUCAAACUCUCCUUGGCAAAUAACAGUUUUGAAGGCCCUAUUCCUACUUCAUUUGGCAACAUGCUAAGCCUGGAACUCUUGGAUUUAUCCCAAAACAAUCUAUCUGGGGAGAUUCCGAAGUCUCUAGAAGCACUCUUGCGCCUCAGCUAUUUGAAUCUGUCUUUCAACAGACUCCUAGGAGAAAUUCCAACAGGUGGGCCUUUCAGAAACUUCUCUGCUCAAUCAUUUGUCUCAAAUGGUGCACUUUGUGGCGCACCCCAACUGCAUAUUGCAGCAUGCAAAAACAGAACAAUCAAGCUGCAUUCAACUAAAGCUAGAGGAUCCAUCUUGAAGUAUGUUAUUCCAGGGAUCAUGUCAGUGGUACUCCUAGUGACCUCAAUGUCGAUGUUUAUACUUUGCAGAAAAAGGCAUGUGGAAGUUGCAAGAGAGACUACCUUGUGGCCUCAACUUCAAUGGAGAAGAGUUUCAUAUCAAGAGCUUCUGAAUGUGACUAAUGGAUUAAAUGAAAGCAACUUGCUUGGCAGUGGGGGGUUUGGCUCGGUGUAUAAAGGAACACUAUCAGAUGGGAUAAAUGUUGCGAUAAAGGUUUUCAAUUUACAGCUAGAAGGGGCAUUCACGAGUUUUGAUACCGAAUGUGAAAUACUAAGCAAUAUUCGUCAUAGAAACCUUAUCAAAAUCAUCAGUUGUUGCAGCCAAAUUGAUUUCAAAGCUGUGGUACUGGAAUACAUGCCUAAUGGGAGCCUAGAGAAAUGGUUAUAUUCUCAAAACUUUUGUUUGAACAUCCUGCAGAGGUUGAAUAUAAUGAUAGAUGUUGCAUCGGCAUUGGAAUACCUUCAUCAUGGUACUGAAAUACCAAUUGUCCAUUGCGAUUUGAAGCCCAGCAAUAUAUUGUUAGAUGGUGAUAUGGUUGGACAUGUUGCUGACUUUGGUAUUGCAAGACUCUUGGGUGGAGGAGAUUCCAUGACUCAAACCAUGACGCUAGCCACAAUCGGAUAUAUGGCUCCAGAGUAUGGAACGGAAGGAAUAGUUACUAGAAGAGGAGAUGUGUACAGUUUUGGUGUUGUACUUAUGGAAACUUUCACAAAAAGGAAGCCGACAGAUGAAAUGUUUGUUGGGGAAACAGGUUUAAAGCAAUGGGUUGCAAAUUCCUUACUUUCGGAUGCAAUAGUUGAAGUUGUGGAUGCCAAUUUACUUGGGGCAGAGAAUGAUUUUUCUUUUGUGAGCAAGACAGAUUGUUUAUCAUCCAUAAUGAGAUUAGCUCUAAGCUGUUGUGCAGGGUCACCAGAAGGAAGGAUAAAUAUGCAAGAUGUUGUAGUCACACUUAAUAAAAUCAUGAUCAAGUUUUUGAAGGACGCUGCAGGAGGUGUGGUUUUACGCCGCCAUCUUGCUCAACAGCCCCUUUAGUUGAUGGAUUCUGAUGCAUAUCAUGGCCUUUGAUUCAGUCCUCAACAGACAUAAUCUGCCCUGGGCUUCAACAUUGUCUUUACACUUCUAGCCUAGCAGUUAAAU